AUGAUUGACGAGAAAAACGUUACCGAGCUCCCUAAAAGACCUCAUUCUUGGCGGAGAAACGUGUUGCUUGGGCUAAUUCCAGUUUCCGUGUUGUGUGUUCUGGGAUGGUCUCAGUCAUUGGGCCAUCAUUCCUCAUGUCACCUCGGUAAUUUGGGAAGUCAGUUUGAAUUGGAGCAGGCAGACGAAUUGUGUCGUAUUUACGACAAAGUCGAGUUCAAAGACCCUGAAUACAGUGUGCACAUUCUCAAGGAUGCCGAGUUCAGAAACCAAUCGGUCACCAGAUUGAGUAAAGCUAUUCAAAUCCCAACCUGGGUCGAAGACGAGGGCACGGACUUCAUCAAAUUUGAUAGAUUCCACGAGUACCUGGAAACAGAGUUCAAGGCUGUUUUUGAUGCUGCAAAUGUGUUCAAGAUCAAUACUUACGGAAUUGUUUUGGAGUUCCCAGGAUCCGACCUCUCAUUGAAACCUGCAAUGUUCACUGCUCAUCAAGACACUGUUCCUCCCGGUGACGCAAAUAACUGGGAGAAGGAUCCAUUUAGUGGUUACUACGAUGUCAAUGGACGCAUUGGUUGCUAA